AUGGAGAAUUGGCCCCAGGAUGACCGCGGAGAUGCUCGGACUGAUAAAGCUGAGGGUACGGGGAGUGGUGACUUGUCUGCGGGUGCUGCCGAAGCAGCAGACACCUUGGGAAGUGCCGGCAUUGGAAAUUCCGCAAGUGUGUACUUGGAGUCCAUGGCAUUCAACCAAGAUGGCAGCUGCUUCAUUGCUGGCACGUCUGAGGGGUUUAGAGUUUACACGAGUUCUCCUCUUACAGAGUUUGUGCGCCGUGAGGGGCCUUGGUGGCCAGACCGUGGGGUGCACACAGCAGCGAUGCUUUUCAGGACGAACGUAUUUGCAACAGUCAGCAAAACGCAAAACAGAAAGGUCAAGCUCUGGGACGAUAGCAGGCGAAGAUUUAUAGGAGAACUGAGGAGUCGGCAGCCCGUUAAAAGUGUGUGCCUGACUCGGGAUGUCCUUGCUAUGGUGACGGACUUCGUGGCGCAUAGGACACAACUGGCCGCUCUCGUGUUCAAUUCACAUGGAAGUCUUGUAGCCACAGCCAGCGAGAAGGGGACCGUUGUCAGAAUCUUCAGGUCGUCAGACGGGCAACUUUUGCAACAGCUGAGGCGGGGGACGCAAGUAUCCCUCAUUAGUUGCAUUGCGGUACGAGGAGAUGAUCGUUUUGUUGCAAUUGCUUCAUCAUCUGAAACCAUCCACAUCUUUCAGUUGAGAAACCAGCAGCAGGAGGGAGAAGGGAACCACUUUUUGAGUGCCGAAUCUGAGAUCUCCAGCUCGCUCACUCGGAGUAGCGGCUCUCCAAGUAAAUCUGUACAGUUGCCAGCUGCACUGAACUCAAGCAGAGAAAUAACGUCGGCCGUCUAUGACGCAUCCAGGGAGAUAGUGCAAGAUGCAAUCAAAGGAGUUCUCGGCGGAUACUUCGGCGCCACACGGAGCUUCGCACAGUUCCACCUUCCCCGGGACCUCAAGCUGCUGGACAGUCGGUCGCCUUCUUCAACAAUUAGCGGUCCGCUCGUUGCUUUUGCAGGUCCUGUCUCUAACCAUCUUUUCCUUUUGUGUCCUUCCGGGGUUUUCUGUGAGCUUCUCUUCGAUCUCAACAAGGGUCAGGAGUGCACACUUCUGACUGCUAGCACAUGGUUUGCCCCAAGACCCAACUUCCGCAUUCAGUCUCAUCUGGGAACAGCAGCACUGCCUUCUGAGCUGGAGGGCGGCCACGACGGGGAUCAGUGGCAGCUUGUUCUCUGA